AUGCAAGUCCGCCUGGAGCUUCCAGAGCUUCCCCAAACCUCAAUCGCAACAUCGUCGUCCGAGGCAUCCCAGCAUUACAAGCCGCCCGCGAUUGGAAGCCGUAUAGCUUCAGAUACAACACUACGCCAGUCUAUUAUCUCCCCGCGUGCAAGUAACUCACAAGCCGCAAUCAUGCUUGUCUCUCUCACAGUCGGCAAGGUCGACGCCGGCGUCACUGUCCUUCUGACCCCUGACAAGCGACUGAUCGAAUUCCCCUCCAUUCUUCUUCCUCCCGACAUCUCCUCCGGCUCCAUAGUCGACAUCAACGUUGCGCGCAACAAGGCCUCCGAAGCCCACGCCGAGCGCGCCUUCCGUUCUCUCCAAGACUCGAUCCUCUCCUCCUUCGGCGCCGACGCGCCCUCCCCACCCGUCCUCCGCUGCCGCAACGCGACCCAGACCAGUGUUGUUCUAGAAUGGGAUCCUAUCCACCUCGCUACUGCCGAUUUAAUCUCGCUGGCUCUCUACCGGAACGGCCAGAAAGCCGGCAACAUCCCCAAGCCCCUCGAAAUGCAUUCUACCAAGAUCAGCGGCCUGGCGGUCGACACCGAGUACACCUUCCACCUCGUCCUUCGCACCACGGCCGGGACGUUUGCCAGUCAGCGCGUGACGGUCCGGACGCAUAAGAUGACUGAUUUGAGCGGUAUCACCAUCACGUUGGGCAUUCUCCCCGCGGUGGUGAAGGAGGGGUUGACGGCGGCGGUGGAAAGGAUCGGGGCCAAGAUUGUGGAUGGGGUUAGGAUAGACACCACGCACUUUGUUACCACGGAGGGCAGGGGAAUACAGUGGGAGAAGGCCAACGAGAUGAAUAUCCCGGUCGUGAGGCCCGAGUGGGUGGAUGCUUGCGAGAGAGGAGGGAGGAUUUUGGGGGUGACCAAGUUUUAUUUGGAUGCCGCGAGGGUUGGGCCAGGGAGUUACGAGACGCCCCUCUCGGUGACGGCGCCGAGCCCGGUGCCGAAGCAGCCUGAGCCACAGCAGCAGAAGGAUUUGCCUCCUCAGCCACCGGCUGCUGAACCUGCCGUGGCGACGACCGGUGUGCCCUCUGGAGAGGAGGCGAAGGAACAGGGAGGUGGUGUUGAGUCUGGCUCCAGUGAUGGCGAAGAAGACCAGGAGGGUGAUGCUGGAAAGGAUGAGGAGAACGAUGCGGAGCCCGGGUACAAGGCGCUGUCGGGGGAGCAAGAUCAUAAAGAGCUCCCUUCACACCCCAAGCAACCCACUGUUGAAGAAGGUGACAACAACAACAACGACGACGACGACGACGACGAUGAUGAUGAUGAUGAUGAUGGGAGUAAUAAAGGCGAGGACAGAAAAGGCAGCAGUAGCGCCGACGAGAAAGGAGGAGAGAAAGACGCGGGAAAGAAAUCCCCAGGUGACGGAGCGUCCUUUCAGGAUGUCGCUCUUUAAGUUUCUGUUUCGUGGCAUCCAACAACAAGCGAGCCGUUUGUCGCUGGUUACUUUUCUCAUGUAUAGACGUACUGCUUCUAGCUAAGCGCUGCUUGGGGCGCUGUAUGGAGGUAUUACACAAAAGCACAAGCUCAGGCAGUUUUUGUUUCUAUCAAAGCGUAUCUCGAUUUACUACCACACAUCAAGGGGGCACCUCCUCUCCUUUCCAGUCCCAGAUUUUGCCUCGCUGUGAUGGGUUUAAGGAAGUGAUCACGUUCCAGAGCUUUUCGGCUGCGUCGUCUGGGGACAAGAGGUUUGCUUCGGGGACGCCGGACCAAAAUCCGCGGGAGAGGUCGGUCUUGACGGUGCCCGGGUGGUAGCCUACCGCCAUGCAUUUGGAGGCUGACUUUUGCUGGAGCUCGAGGUCGAGGGUUUUGACGGCCGAGUUGAGGGCUGAUUUGGAAAGACGGUAGGAGUACCAGCCUCCGAGGCGGUUGUCGGUCAUGCUGCCUACUCGCGCCGAGACAGACAACCUGCCACGCCUGUUUAAGAAAGAGAUUGAGGUUACGGGAUAAGGGGGAGGACGAACCAAGUUGCGUGGGGCGGUAGACCUUCUGUGGGCUCGAGAGAGGCGGAUCUCUUUGGGAGAAAAGGGACGAAGUGCUUCAUUAAGAGGACUGGGCCGAGGGUGUUUACCCUCAGCGUUUCGAGGAGGCUGGGCUCGGUGAUUUGGGAGAUGGAUUUCUCGGGGGGGUUGAGGAGGAUGCCGGGGAGGGUGAGGGCCAGGUGGAGGUGGUGGGUUUUGGGCGGGAACAGCUCCCGGGCUUUUUCGGCGGCGGAUUGGAUGGCUGAUUCAUCUUUUACGUCUAGGUUUACGACGUGGAGGCGGUCUGAUUUGGGAUAGGAGGGGGGGAGGUUGGGGGAGCGGGUGGUGGUUAGGAUGGGGAUUGUGGAGGGGGUGGUGCGGAGGAGGUGGUGGAGGAGGGAGUGGGAGAUGCCGCGGGUUGAGGGGGUGAGGAGGAUCCAAGGUUUGGACAUGGCGACAAGUUUGGUGAUACUGAUGGGAAGAGUGUUGGGAUGGUGAUGGUUUGUGAAUGGAUUCCUGAUGGGGUGAGGUUGCCAACAAAGCCAUGUGCGUCAUUCAAUGGGCGGUUGAAGCCGUUGGAUGAGGCGGCUCGAUCUGAACCCCUGCCAAGAUUUUACCGGAUCAUGUUGAGGUGAAAGUCGUCAACGCCGACAUACUCAUCAAGGCAGUGUGUCAACUAUGGCUCUUUAAAUACUGAAGGGGCAUUGCAAGCAGCCCGGGGGUAACUCGAAAUAUA